AUGUUAUCAUUCAAGGCUGUCGAGUAUGUUACAGUGGACACAGAAGAAGGCACAUUGAGAGGUCAGAUGUCCGAAACGUUAACAGGCAAACCCAUGUUUAUGUUUCAAGGCAUUCCGUUUGCGGAGGCACCAGUUGAUGAUCUCCGCUUCCAGCCUCCGGUGAAAAGGGCGCCUUGGACUGGUGUGAGAGACGCCUUGAAGACGCAACGCACUUGCGUACAGCUACACAGCAGCGGGAAAUCGACUGGUGGAGAGAACUGCCUGUACCUCGAUCUUUAUGGCCCAGGGACGCCAUUGAGAAACGGAACACUGAAAAGCGUUAUGGUUUUCAUCCACGGAGGAUGUUUCACAUCAGGAACUGGUUCUUCUGCGAAACCGUACUACUAUGUGGACCAGGAUGUCAUACUCGUCAACAUAAAUUAUCGACUGGGAAUUCUGGGUUUCCUAAGCACCGGAGAUGAUCUGGUCCCUGGGAACAUGGGUCUUAAGGACCAGACAGAGGCACUUCGUUGGGUGCAGAGGAAUAUAGAGGCUUUUGGUGGUGAUCCACAAAAAGUAACCAUUUUCGGACAAAGCGCUGGAGGUGCAUCCGUUCAUUACCACGUUCUGUCUCCACUGAGCAAAGGUCUGUUCAAGAACGCCAUAGCGAUGAGUGGAGCAGCAUCAAACACUUGGGCGUUCAAAAAAAGUGCUCCAGACAGAGCGGUGCGGUUUGCCAAAUACCUGGGCUAUACUGGCGAAAAUUCCACUGAUCUCUUAAAUUUCCUCAAAACUGCAAAGGCGAGUGCAUUAGUGACGAACAUCACUGCCGCUCUGUCGGAAGAGGAAAGCCUAAGUUUGUUCGACUGCAUCUGGACACCCACUGCCGAACCUGAAAACGACGGUGCGUUUCUGACGGAAGAGCCGUGGACCCUUGUCGCUGAAGGUCGCUACAACCUGGUUCCUUUUAUGACUGGUGACACUAAUAUGGAGCGACUUAAACAAACACAAAGUGGUGGUGCGUUACAUACUGAAGAACAAAUAAGCAACUUCAACGAAAACUUCGACGAGAUUGUGGGGAUUGACAUACGACUUCCUACAAGGGAAGAACAGCUGAAGGCAGCUGCGUCCAUUAAAGAGUUCUACUACAACGGCAGCGACAUCACAGUGCAGGACAACUACACCACAUGCCUGUUGGAAACACACCGCCAUUUUGUGGAAGGAGUGGACGCUGCCGUCAGGAGCAUGGCUCGCUAUUCCUCGAACCCUGUCUACUACUACCAGUUCUCGUUCGUUGGUAGUCGCAGUACUUUUCCUCGUGGUCCAGGUGCAGCUCACAACGAUGAUGUGAAAUACAUGCAUGCAACAAAUCUGGAUCCUGAUUCGGAUGAAGGUGUAAUCCAAGCUCAGAUGACAACAAUGUGGACUAACUUCGCUAAAUAUGACAAUCCGACGCCGGAACAGACCUCCAUACUGACAGAGACGUGGAAGGAGUACGAUGAAUCUUCACCUUACUAUCUGGAGAUAAAUGGACCUCUUAGCCUCAAAACUAACUUGUACGAACCCUACAUGACCUUUUGGCACAAGCUGUUGCCUUAA